AUGAUGGAAGUCAAAGGGAAAAAAAAAAUCACAGGAAGGAGUACAAAGGCAUCACAAGAAAAAAACAGAUUUCAUAAAACCAGUGAUUCUAGUUCUUCAAAAAGAUUCCCCCAAAAAGUUAAGAAUGGUGGACCUAAAAUCACAUCUAAGAACUUUGAGAAAAGUACUACAAAACCUGGGAAAAAGGGUGUGAAACAGUUCAAGAAUAAACAACAAGGGGACAAAGGACUGAAGAACAAAUUUCAGCAGGCAAGUAAAUUCAACAAAAAGAGAAAAUUCCAGCCAGACAGUAAAAAUGAUGAAUCCGCAGCUAAGAAACCCAAAUGGGAUGACUUCAAAAAGAAGAAGAAAGAACUAAAGCAGAGCAGGCAGCUCAGUGACAAAACCAACUAUGACAUUGUUGUUCGAGCAAAGCAGAUUUGGGAGAUUCUAAGAAGAAAAGAUUGUGACAAAGAAAAAAGAGUAAAGCUGAUGAGUGACUUGCAGAAGUUGAUCCAAGGGAAAAUUAAAACUAUUGCUUUUGCACAUGAUUCAACUCGUGUGAUCCAGUGUUACAUUCGGUAUGGUAAUGAAGAACAGAGAAAACAGGCCUUUGAAGAAUUGCGAGAUGAUUUGGUGGAAUUAAGUAAAGCCAAGUAUUCCAGAAAUAUUGUUAAGAAAUUUCUCAUGUAUGGGGGUAAGCCACAGAUUGCAGAGAUUAUCAAAAGUUUUAAAGGCCAUGUGAGGAAGAUGCUGCGUCAUGCGGAAGCAUCUGCCAUUGUGGAGUACGCAUACAAUGACAAAGCCAUUUUGGAGCAGAGGAACAUGCUGACAGAGGAGCUCUAUGGGAACACAUUUCAACUUUACAAGUCAGCAGAUCACCCGACUCUGGACAAAGUAUUAGAGGUACAGCCAGAAAAAUUAGAGCUUAUUAUGGAUGAAAUGAAACAGAUUCUAACUCCAAUGGCCCAAAAGGAAGCUGUGAUUAAGCACUCAUUGGUCCAUAAAGUAUUCUUGGAUUUUUUUACCUACGCACCCCCAAAACUCAGAUCAGAACUAAUUGAAGCCAUCCGCGAAGCAGUGGUAUACUUAGCACACACACAUGACGGUGCCCGAGUGGCCAUGCACUGUCUGUGGCAUGGCACACCCAAGGACAGGAAAGUGAUUGUGAAAACAAUGAAGACUUAUGUUGAAAAAGUGGCUAAUGGCCAAUACUCCCAUUUGGUUUUACUGGCUGCAUUUGAUUGUAUUGAUGAUACUAAGCUUGUGAAGCAGAUAAUCAUCUCAGAAAUUAUCAGUUCCUUGCCAAACAUAGUAAAUGACAAAUAUGGAAGGAAGGUCCUGUUGUACUUACUGAGUCCCAGAGAUCCUGCACAUACAGUACGAGAAAUUAUUGAAGUUCUGCAAAAAGGAGAUGGUAAUGCACACAGUAAGAAAGACACAGAGAUCCGUCGUCGUGAGCUCUUAGAAUCCAUUUCUCCAGCUUUGUUAAACUACCUGCAAGGACACGCGCAAGAGGUGGUGCUAGAUAAGUCUGCGUGUGUGUUGGUAUCCGACAUUCUGGGAUCUGCCACUGGAGAUGUUCAGCCUGCCAUGGAUGCCAUUGCCAGCUUGGCAGCAGCAGAACUACAUCCUGGUGGCAAGGAUGGAGAGCUUCAUGUUGCGGAACAUCCUGCAGGACAUCUAGUUCUGAAAUGGUUAAUAGAGCAAGAUAAAAAGAGGAAAGAAAACGGAAGAGAAGGAUGUUUUGCAAGAACGCUUAUAGAACAUGUUGGUAUGAAGAACCUGAAGUCCUGGGCUAGUGUAAAUCGAGGUGCCAUUAUUCUUUCCAGCCUUCUGCAGAGUUCUGACCAAGAAGUCGCAAACAAAGUCAAAGCUGGACUGAAAAGCCUUAUUCCCACGUUGGAAAAAAAGAAAAGUACCAGCAAAGGCAUAGAAACUCUACUUGAAAAAUUGACUGCAUAGGUGGAAAUAGUUAAGAAAACAGUGGAAUCAUUUUUUUCCCCAUUCUCUGUUCUCUUCGUAGCACAGAAAAGAAUGCAACGGGUCCACCUUAUUGGUAAUUUGGAAGCUCUAUACAUGUGUUUCUUCUUUGUAUAACAAUCUGUUUAUAUAAAAUUAUUUCUAAAAAUGGU